CUCCGCUGUGGUUUCAAGAUAGCGGGUUGCUUGCUUGCUGUCUUAAAGUUUUUGUUUCCACAAUGGUUCUUGCUGACUCCAAUCCCCCUGACACUGCGACCCUCCUCCGUGUGAGAGGUCCACUGGAAUUCAGAUGUAAACUGGACAGUACAGAUGUGUCGCUCAUGCACAGAGUGAUUUCAAGAACAUUUGAGAACCUGCACUCUAACGUGAAGUCGGAGUCCCUUGUUUUCACAGUCCGUGAAAGUCCUGUUAUAAUUUGGCCAAACAAAGGUUUUAAUGUAACGCCUGAAGAAAUUACUCCAAAUACACUGUGUGAAGAUAUCUUUCAGUGGGUAAAGACAGAUGAACUAGAGAUUGCUAGCAGAAAAUCAACGAAAAAGAAGGGUAAAAAGAUGUCAACAGCAAGCAUUAUAAACCUUUGUCUGAUGAUGGAGGUGACAAAACCGGGCCCCUUACCAGCCCCCACCUUCAGCAAAACAGUGGAGAAACAUCACCUGCUGUGCAUUACUCUGCCCAUGGAUUGUGUUGUCCGUAUGACUUGCAACGAGACGAUGAGCAAUGCCUGUGAACGUCUAUUAGAGGAGCUAGAAGGCCAGCUGUAUGAGAUGGAGAGAGUGACAUUGCAGUACAUGACGGGAGCAGCUGUUCCAGUGCCCCAACCGCUCCACUUCCUCCUUCCAGAGCCCAAGGGACUCAAGACUGUGGUUUUCCCAGCAGAAGUACCUGACAGCCAACUGGAGACACACCGAAGGGAGUUGCAUCAUCGAUUUGAGCUACCAGAAGACAGACCCUAUUUCAGAAGAACCAAUGCUUACCACUUUCCCGAUGAGGUUUACAAAGACGGCUACCUCCGGAAUCCUCAUCUGAUUCUCACACAUCCCACCCUGGAAGAUGGAAAGUUGUACUUGGUCCAGGGGAUCUACAGCUACCACCACUACAUGCAGGACCGCAUGGAGGACAAUGGCUGGGGCUGUGCUUAUCGCUCCCUCCAGACCAUCUGCUCCUGGUUCCGGCAGCAAGGCUACAUAGAGCGGACCAUUCCUACUCACAAGGAAAUCCAGCAGGCUUUAGUUGACAUCGGAGACAAACAAGCAACAUUUGUGGGCUCCCGCCAGUGGAUUGGCUCCAUUGAGGUUCAGGCGGUUCUGGAUCACCUGCUCGGGGUCACUUCGAAGAUCAUGUUCGUGAGUCAGGGAUCAGAGAUAGCGUCUAAAGGCAGAGAACUGGCCACCCAUUUCCUUACUGAAGGAACACCUGUCAUGAUAGGAGGAGGAGUUUUGGCUCACACCAUCCUGGGUGUGGCAUGGAGUGAGACCACAGGGCAGAUCCGCUAUCUCAUCCUAGAUCCACAUUACACAGGAGCGGAGGACUUACAAGUCAUCAUAGACAAGGGUUGGUGUGGCUGGAAAGGACCUGAUUUCUGGGAUCAGACUGCCUACUACAAUCUCUGUCUGCCUCAGAGGCCAAAAACCAUCUGAGUUCAAAAUCAUCUUUCAUGCGGACAUCUCCAAACUUGUCAUCAUUCUUAAAGCAGAUGUUUGAUGCCAUUCUGUUUCUGGCAAUUAUACCAUAACUCAAUGAUUUUACACCCACUCUAGUGUACUGAGCUGAACGAGUUUAAAUAAUUACCGGUGUUGAUCUAAUAUUCAAAUUAUUCUAACCUAGGUAGGUUCUAAUGAUGCACUUUUUUUGGGGGGGGGGGUUCAAAAAAAUCAGAUUAAUGAGUCACUUCAAAGAGAAUGGUGGAACUUUCACUGACACAA